GUUAAAAUUUUGAAUUUAGAGAUAAAAGUUACGCUUGAUUUUUUAUAAGUUAAGAUAAUCUUAUCUCAUUAGUCGUUUGUCAGCUGCUAAAUUAUAAAGACGCAAACAUUUUUUUCUCAAAAUGUUGGUCAUUUUGGCGCUUUUUGUCGUUUUUGGAAGUCUUUUGUAUUAUUAUUUGACUCACAACUACGACUAUUGGAAGAACCGAGGAAUAACAGGUCCCGAACCAAAACUUUUUGUGGGUACUUUGCCAAGCACUUACAAUAAAAAAGUUCACUUGUUCUAUGAAAUUGAUGAAAUUUACAGAAAAUACAAAGGUAAACAAAGCGUUGUUGGAAUUUACCGUGGAAUCGUCCCAGAAUUGCUAAUUUUGGAUCCUGAGCUUAUAAAAAGUUGCAUGACGACGAAUUACAAAUAUUUCGGCAAACCUGGAAGUAAUUUCGAAAGUUUGACAAAAGAAACGGAUCCUCUUUUCGGCCGAAAUCCAUUUAACUUGGAAGGCGAAGAAUGGAAAGAAAAACGUGGAGAAAUCUUGCCUGCUUUUUCGAGUCAAAGAAUAAAGGCGCUUUUCCCCAUUAUGGAAGCAGUUGUCGACAAGAUGAAGCAAUAUAUCAAAGCAGAAAUGAAAGUUUUGGAAAAUAUUGAAACUCGUGAGAUGUGUUCGAAGUACACAACAGACAUCGUUUGCAAUUCAAUCUUCGGCGUUGAUUCCGGAGCUUUUUCCGAACAAAAAUCUGAACUACGAGACAUUGCACGGAACAUUUUUAAGCCUCCAUGGUACACUUUCAUCGUAUUUGGACUUGCUCCGAAUUUUCCUUUCAUCCUAAAACUCCUGCCAUUGCGACUUGUACCUGAAAAAUACACGAAUUUUAUAACGGAUUUGUUGGAAAAAAGCAUCGCUUAUCGAAAAGAGACAAAAUUAGAACGUCAGGAUUUCGUCGAUUUCCUCAUCCAAUUGCAGCAAAAGAAAGGAAUCAGUAAUCUUGACAUCGCUGGACACACAAUGACCUUUUUCUUCGAUGGCAUCGAGUCUUCUAGCAUAACCUUGUCCUUUGUCUUCUACGAAUUAGCUAAAAAUAAGCAAGUUCAAGACAAAUUACGGCAAUUAUUGAACGAAAUUAAGCAAAAAGAUGGAAAUUUCGAGUAUGACAAUCUCGUAGAUCACGAAUAUUUGGAUCAAGUACUCAUGGAAACGAUGCGCCUUCAUCCUGCUUUGCCUCAAUUACGACGAAAAUGCACCGAAACGUACGACAUGAAGUUGCCCGAAGGUCAAAUUGUGAGAAUUGAAAAAGGAAUUGUCAUUGGAUUUCCAACUAUGAAGAUUUUUACUGAUCCCGAGUAUUAUGGAUCGGAUGCGGAGCAAUUUGUGCCGGAACGCUUCAACGCAGAGCACGGCGGAGUAAAGCAUUUCCGAGAUAAAGGAGUUUUUUAUCCUUUUGGUGAUGGACCUCGUAUCUGUUUGGGUCAGCGGUUCGCUCAUGCUCAAGUAAAAUGCGCCAUCGCUCAGAUUGUGACGAAUUUCGACAUUUCCGUAAGUGAUAAAAUGCCCGAAAAUCCGGAAUAUAAUCCGAUGGACUUACUUUUAGCCUUUAAAGGAGGAAUUUUAUUAAAAUUUAAAGAAAUUUAA